AUGGGAAGAAAAAAGAUUCAAAUAUCGCGCAUCACUGACGAACGUAACCGACAGGUUACCUUCACCAAGCGCAAGUUUGGCCUAAUGAAGAAGGCUUACGAGCUCUCGGUCCUUUGCGACUGCGAGAUUGCGCUGAUCAUCUUCAACAGUACCAACAAGCUGUUUCAGUAUGCCAGCACCGACAUGGAUAAGGUGCUGCUCAAGUACACCGAGUACAAUGAACCACAUGAAAGUCGUACCAACAGUGACAUUGUCGAGGCUUUGAACAAGAAAGAGCACAAAGGCUCCUCAAAUGGCUGCGACUCACCGGAGCCCGAUGACUCGCAGUACACGCUGACGCCGUCUCGAAACGAGAGCAAGUACAACAAACAACUAAAUGAUGAAUUUGAGCUGAUGAUGCAGCGCAACGCUGCCACCCAUAUCAACGGCAAUAGAAUUCCGGUGACGUUAUCUCAACUGCAGAACAGUGUCUCCAAUGCAUCGUCGCCGUACGCGCCACAAGAUUCUAGUCUGCUGCAAACCACGCAACUCUCACCUCACUCCUCCUGUGUCAGUCCGAGGCCAAGCUCUUCAGGGGCAAUGAUUGACAUGUCGAGCACGGCAACCAACGGCUACCGCUCCUGCUCUCCCUCCACCCUGUCCGGCAGCAGUUCCCCAUCGAACUUGAUCAUCUCAACGGGAGGUAGCAGUGGUGGCAGUGGGGGAGGCGGUGGCUCCAACAAUAACAACAACAACAACAAGCAGCCCAACGCCUCCAAGUCGUCCACUGCGAACGGCGGCGGUGGCAACCGAGGAAUGCGAGUUGUAAUGCCAAAUUCACAUGCUAAUUUGAAUCAUCGAUCAAUCAACGGCACUGCGCAGAACCUGACAUCGCUCAGCUCCAUACAGGGCAUGGCUGCGUAUCCCUCCUCCUUAGGCUCCUUCGGUACAAACGACUUUCAAAAUCUAAACUCGGAACUGGCACUAGCAGGCUUCAACUCAUCAGGUCUCCUGCCGAACUGGUCGACGCAUUCAGCGCUGAGCGGAGGACUGGGGCAUGGAGGAUCAGGCCUGCCACAUCUGUCAGUGAGCAGCAGCACACCGCCGCCCUCGUCCACCUCGCCGCUCUCAAUGAAGAUCAAGAGUGAGCCCAUUUCGCCGCAGCGGGAGGGCGGCGGCGCCAACGGCACCGGUCCCGCUCAGCCGACCCACGCCUCACUGGCCACCCUACAGCGGCCACCUUCAAAUCACAAUCCGGGCCACCUGUCGCCCGGCCACCCGCUGACGCCCUCCACUUCCAGCUCACCCGAUCCGUCGGGCAGCUCCGACUAUGAGGGCCCCAUACAGAAGCGAAUCAGAGUGGCAGCAGACGGUUGGCCGGCCUAG